GUUGUCAAAGGAGAGGGGUUAUGAGAGAGCGGAGCCCCUACACAGCCCUGCUGGUCACACUGGGGGUGCUGGGGGCUCCUUGCCAUCCCUAUUUCCUUGGCUUUCACACGAUGGCAGCAGAGGCGAGGGAACAUUUACAGCUGCGGGAGCCGGGCUGAGCGGCGGUUCUGCUCCUGGCAGGGCUGAGCUCGCUGCCGUCCCACCCCGCGGUGCCCUGCUCUGCCCGGUGUGCCCGUGAUGCCCUCGCUGUCCUGCCCGGCACCCCUCCCUGCCCACGCUGCCCAUCCUGUCGGUGCUGCCCUCGCUGCCCCAGCCUACCCCGCACUCAGAUCAGCCCUGGCUCCUCCUCCGGCCGCCCCGUGACGGUCCCAGGGGUGCCACUACCUGCCCGACCUGCGCUGCGACACCCGGUCCCACCCCUCGAGGAGCGCCGCGCUGUCGCCAGCUCGGCCUCGCCGCCGUCCCGGACCCUCCGCUGCCCCGAGCCCCUCUCUCCGCUCGCUGCCCGGCACAGAGGAACUUCGGUGGCUCCGUCUCCUCCCCCGGGAGCCCGGCCCGCCCCGCCGGUGCUCGGGCUCGGCAGCGGCACGGAGGAAACCCGGGCCGGCCCUGCGAGGGCAGGCGGCGGCCGCGGCGACAUGGGCAGCGCCGAGGAGGACUACAACUUUGUGUUCAAGGUUGUCCUGAUCGGGGAGUCUGGGGUGGGAAAAACAAACCUGCUCUCUCGUUUUACCCGCAACGAGUUCAACCACGACAGCCGCACCACCAUCGGCGUGGAGUUCUCCACGCGCACAAUCCUGGUGGGAGACGCCGUGGUGAAGGCUCAGAUCUGGGACACGGCCGGGCUGGAGCGGUACCGCGCCAUCACCUCAGCGUAUUACCGGGGGGCUGUGGGUGCCCUGGUGGUGUUUGAUAUCACCAAGCACCAGACAUACGAUGUGGUGGACCGCUGGCUGAAGGAGCUCUACGACCAUGCCGAGGCCAGCAUCGUUGUCAUGCUGGUGGGGAACAAGACUGACCUUGCACAGGCUCGAGAGGUGCCCAUGGAAGAGGCAAAAAUGUUUGCAGACAACAAUGGGCUGCUGUUCGUCGAGACCUCGGCGCUGGACUCCACCAACGUUGAGGAAGCAUUCGAGACCAUCCUGAAGGAAAUCUUCUACAAAGUGCAGAAGCAGAAGCAGAGGAGCAGCCAAAGCAACACGGUGUCACUUGCAAGUGAGAGCCCUGCAAGCACAGCCCCAGUGCAGGCGGAGAGGCGCCCGUGCUGCGUGCCCCUCUGAGCCUGCUGGGCACCCCGGGAAGUCCCCAGGGAACCCCACAACGCCAGGACACACCAGUGGCCACCAGCACAGGCUGGUGUCACCCUGCCUGCAGUGCCACCCCUGUCCUGGUGCGGUGGGGACCAGCAGUCUGGACAGGGGCCAAAUUCUGCCAUAAACAGUGAGAUGCACCAGUUCCAGGGGCUCUUCUCUCUCUGUUUCAUUUUUGCUGGGCCCUGAUUAGCAUCACCACUGUCACGCACCGUAUCAGCCCUCUGGACCUGCAGGGCAAAAUGACCAGGACACCCCUGAAGCACGUCUGGGGAAGAAGCCAGUAGGUUCUGGGCAGGAUCGUGCCAGCAGCAGGAGCCUCUCUGAUUCCCUCUGGCCCUGGGGUUGGUGCUGUAGGGCCACCCUGUGCCUGCACUGAGGAUGAGGCUGACCAGCAGGUGUCUGUCCCACCAGGGACUGCUCUAGGGGUGAAGUGGCAGCACUCAGCCCUUGGCUGUCCCGGCAGGGCCCGGUGCCAUGGGGCCAGGAGCAGGUCUGUGUCCAGCACGGGCGUGACGCAAUCAUUAAAGGACUUGUGAAAUGCA